GCGCGGUCGGCCGGCCGGCGGGCGAGAGGAGCGCGACGGACGCCGGGAAGCGGCUCGCGAGGUACCGCCCGGGUCCCCCGAGGGCGCCGGGGCCGCUCUGCGCGUGCGCAGUGGCGUCGUCGGCCGGGGAAGGAUGGAGCGCUGGGUGGCGGCCGCGGCGGGCGCCGGCUGGCCGGGCUGGGGCGGGCUGUGGCGGGCCGCCUGGGCCGGCUGGCCCGCCUGGGAGCUGCUGGCCGCCUGCGCCGUCAUCGGAGCGCUGGGCUGGCUGCUGCGCCUGCGGGAGCGAGGCCCGCGCGGGGGGCGAGGCCCGCGGCCCGGCGCGACGCCUCCGUCCCCGCCGGCGCCACCCGCCGAGGAGAGGCCGCGCUGCCCCGGCAGCUUCGACGGAGGUGAGCGGCCGCCCGCGGAGCCUUUCCGGGGCGGGGGGGCCGCUCCCCUUUCUCCCCGGGAGGCAGCUCGAGGCCCUGCCGGCGCCGGGGAUGAUGGGCGGUGCAGUCCCCAGCGCCGGGGAUGA